CCCUCAACUCUCUCUCUCUCCCCACAUUUAAACCAUAAGUUCUCUUUUUUUCCAUUUUCCUUCAUACAAACACAGAUUAGAAACAGAGAAUGGCCAAAGAAAAUGGAAAACAAACUGAAAUGGAAAUCACAUUCACAGGCUGUGAGCAAGCAAAGGAGGAAGAGAAUGAAGGAGUUCUGAUCAGUGAUGAGAUUGAGCGAAGUAAAGUCGGUAUCAUGAGAGCCCUCUGCGAAAGAGAAGAUCCAACCGCUAAGCAAAUGGAUGAUUUGAUGAUCCGGAGAUUUCUGCGGGCUCGUGAUCUAGAUAUUGAGAAAGCUUCUGCCCUAUUCCUGAAGUUCCUGAGCUGGAGGCGAACAUUUGUCCCCAAGGGUUUCAUAUCUGAAUCCGACAUUGAAAACCAACUCUCCCACAACAAAUUGUGCAUGCAGGGCCUUGACAAGAAGGGACGCCCAAUAGUUAUUGCCUUUGGGGGUAGACAUAAGCCAGAAAAAGGAACUCUCGAGGACUUCAAACGCUUUGUUGUUUACUCUCUGGAUAAGAUAUGUGCCAGAAUGCCAAAAGGAGAGGAAAAAUUUUUAAGCAUAGCAGAUCUUGAAGGAUGGGGAUACUCCAACAGUGACAUCCGUGGAUACCUAGCAGCUCUAUCAAUUCUUCAGGAUUGCUACCCAGAGAGGUUGGGCAAACUGUUUAUCGUUCAUGUGCCAUACAUAUUCAUGACAGCAUGGAAGAUUAUUUAUCCAUUUAUUGACAGCAAGACCAAAAGAAAGAUUGUUUUCGUUGAUAACAAGAAACUGAAAUCAACCCUCCUUUGCGAUAUCUCUGAGAGCCAGCUACCAGAUAUAUAUGGAGGCAAACUACCAGUAGUUCCAAUUCAAAACAGUUAGCUACAAAUUUAUUCUUCUUUUUCUUUUUUUUCUCUUCAGGAUCAAAUAAAUUUUAUAAGGACAGCAUUUUUCUGCUUGAUCCUGGCUAUGGAAUUUAAUUAUUGAAUUGAAAUAUAAGAGAAAAAUAUUUGCUACAA